UACGGUUCCGUUGCUUGUGGCGGCCAGCGGGAGGAGAAGGUCGGAGGAGGAGGGAGGGCGGGGGGAGCGACCGAUCGACUGACCGACGAUGACGGGGAAGGCGAAGCCGAAGAAACACACGGCGAAGGAGAUCGCGGCAAAGAUCGACGCGGCGACGACGAACCGAGGGGGCGGCAGGGCGGGGGUGGCGGACCGGUCGGGCCAGGAAAAGGGCGGCCACGCCAAGCUGGAGUGCCCCCACUGCAAGACCACCGUCCCCGACCUUAAGUCCAUGCAGAUACACCACGACGCCCGCCACCCCAAGAUUCCCUUCGACGAGUCCAAGCUCGUCAACCUCCACACCAGCCACGCACCUGAGACCUCCAAGGCCCGCCCCGGCGUCCGCGGCAGCUUCAAGAAGUAGCGCCCUCUAUCGCCUCCCCUCAUUGGUAAUCCUACUACUAGCAUGUUCCUCAGUUCGCCCUUGCCUGCUGCUCCUACUUAUAUUAGUAUCAUCGUCAUCGUUGUCGAUGUGCUUCUUGUACCUCGACCUUUGUGCACGAUCGAUCGUCAUGUCGUCCUAUGUGUAGUAUGACAAGCAGGUAUAUGUUUGUGUGGUGGAGAGACGUGAAUAAGUUAUUAUGAUCAGACCCUGUUAUAUGGUAUUCCUACUAUUAUCAUCUUUCUUAACUCA